CGAGGGAAUAAGGCCUGGUUACUAGUUGUCAACAUGGCGGAUGGCGCGAAAUUUCUAAGGAAGAUGAGGGAGAGUGUUUCUUUUAUUAGGGAAUCUUGAGGUGUUUGCUGAUUAAGCAUUCACAUAAUCAAUAUGGUGGUUGUUCGUAAGGUAGACGUGGAUUUUCCUUUUAAACCAUACGAUUGUCAAGUCGCGUAUAUGGAGAAAGUGAUCGAGUGUUUGCAGACGAGGAAAAAUGCUGUGCUGGAAAGCCCAACAGGAACUGGCAAAACCCUUUGCUUGCUAUGUGCCACCCUAGCCUGGCGCCAGUCUUAUGUGGCCAACCUUCAGCUGCAGCAGAGAGGGCUGUGUGCGGCGAAGGAGGAGGAAGAUGGGUUUCAGAAGUCCUUGGGUAACAAACUGGCUGAGGCUGCGAGCGGAACUUGGGAUGACAGCUGCAGCAAUAAAGGAUCGAACUUUGAGAUACCUAAAAUCAUUUAUGCAUCAAGAACUCAUUCACAGCUUUCUCAGGCUGUCCAAGAAUUGAAAGCAACCGUCUAUAGACCUAGAGUGAGUAUCAUUGGUUCACGUGAGCAGCUUUGUAUUAAUAGUGAUGUCUUGAAACAGGAUUCAAACUCAGCCAAAGUGCACAUGUGUAGAGCUAAGGUGACAGCUAGAACUUGCCAUUUCUACAAUAACUUGGAAGGAAAUAAAUCCAACCCAGCAUUUACUACAGAAAUUCUAGACAUUGAGGAUCUUGUAAGACUCGGACAAAAACACAAGGUUUGCCCAUACUACAUGGCCAGGGAGUUAAAGACAUCUGCUGAUAUUAUCUUCAUGCCCUAUAACUACUUACUGGAUCCAAAGUCCAGGAAAGCUCACAAUCUGGACAUCAGUGGUAGCAUCGUGGUGUUCGAUGAGGCACAUAAUCUGGAGAAAGUAUGCGAAGAGACAGUCUCAUUUGAUUUGACAUCAUUUGACAUCGCUUCCUGUGUUGAAGAUGUUCUUUUGUGCAUGGAGUAUGUGGCGAAUGCAGAGGAUGAUCCGGAUAUAGGGGAGGGUGCGAGUGGUACAGACAUAGAUCCUGAAGACCUCAAAGUAUUAAAAGCUUUGUUCAGCAAGCUUGAGGAGGAGAUUGAUCAAAUCCAACUGCCAAGUGAUGGGAGCAAGUCAUUCCCCGGAGAUUUCAUGUUUGAAUUGCUGGGAAAUGUUGGAAUAAAACCCAACACCAAAGAUAGAGUCCUGGAAACUUUGGAAAAGAUCAACACUUUACUAGCAAAUGAUACCAAAGGUUUGCGGGGAAAGCACUUUGCUCUUCAAAAGUUCACUGACGCCCUGCAAAUUGUAUUCAACAAAACUGACAAGGGGCCCAAGUCAGGCAACUCCUUUAAGGUCCAUGUCCAAGUUGAGCCAGAUUCCAAGAAGAAGCAAAAAGGCCUUGACAUCUGGACUUCUGGUUCAAAACUUUCCAAAAAAGGUCGCACGUUGAGCUACUGGUGCUUCAGCCCUGGUCACGCCAUGAAGGAUCUGAUGUCACAGGGCGUGUCCUCAGUAAUCCUGACCAGUGGCACCUUGUCUCCUCUAAACUCCUUCACAGCAGAAAUGCAGAUACCGUUCCCCAUCCGCCUUGAGAACCCACACGUCAUCGAGAAGCAUCAGAUGAUGGUUGCCGUGGUAACCAAAGCUCCUGAUGGUGCAACCUUAAACUCUUCUUAUGAAUUCCGGUCUACCCCAGGGUACAUGACGGGCCUUGGGAAUACCAUAGCUAACUUUGCGCGCACCAUACCCAACGGACUACUAGUUUUCUUCCCAUCCUACCCCGUGAUGAACAAGUGCCUGGAACAUUGGCAGAACACAGGGAUCUGGGCACGUCUCUCUCAGUACAAGCCAAUGUUCGCGGAGCCAAGAGGAAAAGGUGACUUCGUACAGACCAUGGAGGAUUUUUAUGCGAAAAUAAACGACCCUUCACUGAAUGGCGCAACUUUCUUUGCUGUUUGCCGCGGAAAGGUCAGCGAGGGUCUCGACUUCUCGGACAUCAACGGGCGUGCUGUAGUCAUCACGGGUUUACCAUUCCCUCCAAUGAUGGAUGCAAAAGUCAAGCUCAAAAUGAGUUUUCUAGACGAAAUGAGCAGAAAAGAUAAAAGUGCUAUCAAGGGCUUGACUGGCCGAGAGUGGUACAGACAGCAAGCUUCCCGUGCAGUCAAUCAAGCUGUUGGAAGGGUGAUACGUCAUAGACAAGAUUUUGGCGCCAUUUUGUUGUGUGACGUCAGGUUUACUUACCCGGAUGCUCUGAGAGAACUGCCGUCAUGGGUGAAACCACAGGUCAAGAUUUUCAAGGAGUUUGGUCAUGUGCAGAGGGAACUGAUUCAGUUUUUCAGGAAAGCCGACAUCAUGGUUGACAAAUCAGCCAUGAAGGUAAGACAGCCGAGAGAUCUCGAGAAAUCCGAUCCCAGUCCGACUUCAGCAGUGCGUACGACUGAGCCCGAGGAGUCCCGAAUAGACGUUUUCGUACCCGCAAUGUUUAGAGAGAAGCCCAAGAAACCAAGUCAUCGGUUAUCUCCCCCUGCUAGGGCUGUUCGAUCUCAAGCAUCUUCCGCAAGUGGUCAGGCGCGUAUGACGGUAGAGUACGAGACCCCAACUCUCCGAACUCCAACCUUAUCUGCCCCGCCACCUCGACCGCAGGGAAACCUACUAGAGUCGUUGAAAUCGUCAGAGGGUUCAAUGGAGUCAACAUCUAACGACUCGCCCCUCCGCAAGCACUCUUCGCCUUCUCUUUCUGAUGCCAUUAUGAGGACAAAGGGCACAACGAACACCUCGCACAAACCAAAGAAAGUCUUCAAAAUUGUCAAAACAAAGAGUGAAAGUGCAGAGGAGAAUUCAAAAGCCCAGAAACUGGAGGCAGCGAAAAUGUACAUAGUUAAGGUGAAGCAGUCGCUAAGCGGAGAGAAUUACAAGGCGUUCUCUCGGGUUCUUGCUAACUACAAGCAGUGCAACGAUCUCGACCAGCUAAUCAGUGGUCUCACCCUUCUGUUCACUCAAAAUCGGUCGCUCUACCCUCUGUUUCUAGGAUUCUCUAAUUACAUACGGGACCCACAAGACAAGAAGCGCUUGUUUGAAGCCUACAAAGAGAUCACAGGCGAAGACGUCCCAGCCUCGUAUUUGAGCGGCUUGCCGAGCAGAAAGCGAGCCGAACCCGACUUUAUACAUACGAGUAAAGUCGGCAAGAAGAUGAGAAUGGAGACCGACGUCAAGUCCAAUUAUUUAGAGAAAUCCGCAUUGAAAGAGAAGGUUCCUAAGGCCGGUUCUUGGAAUUCAGCCGCCUCUGCUUCAAAUCACCUCGACGCCCACACACACUUAAACGGAGGUCAGCGGUAGAAACGCCUGCGUACAGAUGAGAAUGAGUCAGCAACGCGCAAGAUUUGAUAAAUGUAUAGUGCAUUCUCAUCCAGAACUAAUGUAAUUCUACAAUAUGUAAUUUGCUAUAUAAAAAUCGUUGAUGAAUUUGAA